AUGGAUGCUGCGGCAAAGUCGCUGACGUCCUCCGUUUGUUUCACAGGCGCCCGGGAGCGUCUUCGCGACUGGUGGACGCAGUCAAGCGAGGAACGCCUCAGGGAGACCGAGGAGGCGCUGCUGAGAAAUGCGGUGUCUUCGAAGAUGAAGGUCAUGGAGGUUCCGAUCUCCGAUGGGCAGACGGUGCAUACACUCUGUGUCUCGCAAGGGGCGCAAGGGGCGAGGGCAGGGAGUGGACUGGCACCGGUGGUCCUGAUCCAUGGCUACUUCAUGGGCUCCGGGUCAUGGGCUCACAGCUUCGAUUCUCUGGCAUCCACUGGCAGAAAUGUCUACUCCAUUGACUGGCCAGGAUGGGGACUGUCCUCGAAGCCGGACUUCCCAAUGCAGCAGGGGACCCAUGCCUGCGAGCAGUUUUUCAUUGAGGGCAUCGAGCAGUGGCGGCGGUCUGUCGGCCUGAACCGGGUGGUGCUGCUGGGUCACAGCUUCGGAGGCUACUUUGCCGCCUGCUAUGCCAUGAAGCAUCCUGAGAAUGUGGAGGCGCUGAUCCUGGCCAGCCCCGUCGGAAUGGGCGAGAAGAGAGAUGAGCGAGGGCUCCUGAACCCGGACAGGCUCAAGGCCAUGCCCUGGUGGCAAAGGACCCUCGUGACGACAGCCCGGGACAUGUGGUCUGGAGGCUGGACUCCCAUGGACAUUGUGCGUGGCCUGGGCCCAGCCGGGUUGUGGCUGGCACGCUGGUAUAUGGACCGCCGUUUCCGCCUGCCCCGAGAGCUUGGGACCAUGCAGGCGGACAAGGACGAAACUGCUGCCUACAUCCAUCAGCUGGCUGCCCGGCCGGCCGGCUCGGAACGCUGUCUCGGGGAGCUGCUGUCCUUCGGCGCCUGGGCGAAGGAUCCCAUUGGCCCCCGACUUGCACAGCGCUGGCAGGAGCUAGGCAGCCGAGCGCCGCCCGUCACUUUGCUCUACGGUGAGUCUGAUUGGAUGGAUGCCAGCGCAGGCGUGGAGUUGGCCGGCGCUCUCGCCAAAAUGCGGCGCCCUGCACCAGAAGUGAUCGUGGUUGAGUCUGCUGGCCAUCAGCUUUUCCUCGACAAUCCCGCGGCCUUCAACGCAGCCUGUCAUCGCGCAACUCGCAAGCACGGUUAA